GGCUUCUAUUUGUCGACAAUACAAAUAUAUAGGCACAUCGAUAUUUAAAUGCUUGUUAACGAGAGCGUGUCGUCUUUUCUCACAACUGAAAUAGUUGGUUAUUUUAGCGAGAGAGCUAAAAAUGUGAAGCCUGACGCAUCGAUUACAAAGCGUUUACCAACUUUAAUGAACUUUAGUACUCUGACAUCCCUUGAGAAUCAAGGCGUACUCGUUGGCUUGAAGUUAACUGAACGACUUUUAUACCGGGAACCCUUGUUCGGAGGGAUGCCACUUGAUAUUGCACGCUUUGUUGGUCUUAGUUUAUGGAAGGCUGUUUUUGGGAAAAAAGUUGGUUCCGUCAAAAUGGUUGACAAAAUUUUUUAUCUUUCAGAUAGCAACUUCAAAUGGCUUCUAGGAUAUUCCAAAUUGUCAGAGGUAGAUCGUAUAUACACGACAGCUAUUGUAGAUUCUGAGGGAAGCAACGAGUUAGGAUUUUCACUCCAAAGGGGGGAUGAUAAUAUGAGGCACCGUUGCGUUCUAAUGUACACUGUAGGCUUAAUUAAGGGUUGUGUUCAUACCCUUUCUGAAGGAGCUGAAGUGCGUGUGUCUGGCACCUACUCUAAGGAAGGCGAGUCACAAUUUGUGUUAGAUUUCAAGUGA